GCUGAGCGAAGUCGGCCACGAUAUCUUGCACUUUCACUCGAAAGUGUAUUGUGAUACGAACGAGUUUUUAAUGCCAGUGUUGUUUGUGGCCAGUGCGUUUUUUUUAUUUUUUUUGCGAAUAGAUGUGGCUACGACAGAUUCGCGAAGGUGACUGUGAUUUAUAAGUUUUUUUGUGCAGUUAAAAGUUUUCCCUCAAACAGCCUGCUAAGUUAUAAGCCGACAAAUUGCAUAAACUGACGCCAUCAACGAAAGUGUCGGGAAGUGAACGGUGAAAUGCUUGUUUUAAUCGAAGCUAAGUGAAGUGAAGUUAAUUGAAGUGAAAAGUAGCGAAGAUGCUGUCACGGGGCUUCAAGUACAGCCGCCUGGGCGCGGAGGGCGAGGAGGAGGUCGAGGAUGUCAGCGAGCCGGCGUUGGUGUCUGUGCGAGUGCCGAUCAACGGCAUGACCUGCCAGUCGUGCGUCAACAGCAUCGAGGGCGGCGUGCGCGACCUGCCCGGCGUGCAGGACGUCAAGGUGGAGUUGUCAGAGCACGCGGGCUACUUCAGAUUCGACCCGCGCGUGUGCUCCGUCGAGGCCAUACGGAACCACAUCGACGACAUGGGCUUCGAGACGCUGGACCGAGGGGACGACGAGACCAGGAAUCUGCUGCCCCGCGAGAUCCCGACGGACAUGUUGAUAGAUAUGACGGGCUCGGGGCCCCCCAACGAGAGUACCGUGGUGCUGGCGGUCGAGGGCAUGACCUGUCAGUCCUGUGUCAACACUAUUGAAGGUAGUCUACGCGACAUGCCCGGCAUAGUGGAAGCUCACGUGAGCCUGUCGGAGAAGCGCGCGCGCGUGCGGUACGCCGGCGCGUCUGUCACCCCGCAACAGAUACAUGACGCCGUGUACGCGCUCGGAUUCGACGUCGAGACGCUCAGCGUCACCGGCGAUAAUGGUGAAAUAUCAAAAAGUAAAAGUGAAAGCGGGGCGGGCGAUCGCGUAAAAUCGAACGCCAAAAAAAGUCAAGCAAAUGGAACGGUAGCGAGCGCGUCGGACUUGGGCGAAGUGACGCGGUGCACGCUCGAGGUGCGCGGAAUGACUUGCGCGUCCUGCGUCGCCGCCAUCGAGAAACACGUCGCUAAAAUGCCCGGUGUGCAGUCGAUAGUGAUAGCGCUGCUGGCGGCGAAGGCGGAGGUGCGGUACUGGGCGGCGCGCACGUCGGCCGCGGCGGUGGCGGACUCCAUCACCGAGCUGGGCUUCCCCGCCGAAGUCGUCAGCGAGAGCGGCGCGCCGCGCGACCUCACGCUGCAGAUCAAAGGAAUGACGUGCUCUUCGUGCGUGAGCAAGAUCGAGAAGGCGGUGCUGAAACUCAAUGGAGUCGUGUCUUGUUCUGUGGCGCUCACCACCGCCAAGGGCAAGGUGAAGUACGACCCGGAGGUGGUGGGCGCGCGGCGCAUCUGCGACACGGUGACGGCGCUCGGCUUCGACGCCACGCUGCUCAGCUCCAACACGCGCGGUGAAGCCAACUACCUUGAGCACAAAGAGGAGAUCCGCAAGUGGCGCAACGCGUUUCUGAUAUCGCUCGUAUUCGGCGCGCCUUGUAUGACCGCCAUGGCGUACUUCAUGUGGGAGAUGCGCGGCGGGCACGACGCGCGCGACAUGUGCUGCGUGCUGCCCGGUCUCAGUCUCGAGAACCUGCUCAUGUUCCUGCUCGCCACGCCCGUGCAGUUCAUCGGAGGCUGGCACUUCUACAAGCAGGCGUACAAGGCGCUCAAGCACGGCACCUCCAACAUGGACGUGCUCAUCUCCAUGACCACCACUAUCAGCUACACGUACUCGCUGUGCGUGGUGGCGGCGGCGAUGGCGAUGCAGCUGGACACGAGUCCGCUGACGUUCUUCGACACGCCGCCCAUGCUGCUCGUGUUCGUGUCGCUCGGGCGCUGGCUAGAACACAUCGCCAAGGGUAAAACAUCGGAAGCUCUGUCGAAGCUGCUAUCGCUCAAACCAACGGAAGCAGUGCUGCUAACGUUAGAUGAGAAUGGACACGAGAUCGGCGAGAAGUCCAUACCCGUCGACUUGGUGGAGCGUGAUGAUGUACUCAAGGUGGUGCCGGGCGCUAAAAUCCCCGUGGACGGCAAAGUAGUGUUGGGGCAGAGCACGUGCGACGAAUCGCUCAUCACGGGCGAGUCCAUGCCUGUACCGAAAACCAAAGGUUCCAUGGUAAUCGGCGGUAGUAUAAACCAGCACGGCGCGCUGAUAGUCCGCGCGACGCACACGGGCGAAGCCAGCACGCUCGCGCAGAUCGUACGCCUGGUAGAAGACGCGCAGGCGAGCAAGGCGCCCGUACAACGCCUCGCUGACACCAUUGCUGGGUAUUUCGUACCGAUCGUGGUAUUGCUGUCGUUCCUCACGCUCGUUUGCUGGAUCAUCACCGGAGCUAUCGACAUACAGCGGAUCAAGGAUAUCACACCGGAGAUGUACCGAAACGGAGGCUUCUCGGAGUGGGAGCUGAUAGUACAGACGGCGUUCCACUUCGCGCUGUCCGUGCUCGCCAUCGCGUGCCCGUGCGCGCUCGGCCUGGCCACGCCCACCGCGGUCAUGGUCGCCACCGGCCAGGGCGCCAAGCUCGGUCUGCUCAUCAAGGGCGCAGAGCCGUUAGAGAACGCGCAUAAGGUGAAAACUGUGAUAUUCGACAAGACUGGCACGGUGACGCGCGGCAGUACUAGCGUGGCGCGCGUGUCGCUGCUGACGGGCGAGCGCACGGCGUUGCCGGACGUACUGGCGUGCGUGCUCGCCGCCGAGCUUAAUUCUGAACACCCUGUUGCUAGCGCGAUAGUGCGAUGGUGUGAGGGCGUGCUGGGCGGGGCGCGGGCGCAGUGUAGCGGGUUCACUGCGGCGCCGGGCUGCGGGCUGCGCGCGCGCACGACGCUGCCGCCGCGCACGUACCCGCCCGCACUACUCGCGCAGCUCAACCAAGCCAGGGAUGGCAGCGUGAUAACCCUACACGGUGUGCCUGUGGAGAUGGUGGCCGCGGGCGACGACGUGGCGCUCAGCUCCGCGCAGGCCGCCGCGCGCCUACAAGCCAUCAUACGACAGGGGAAUAAUGAUGAGGAGGUGGAGCAAAUAGUAUUAAUCGGUAACCGCGAGUGGAUGUCGCGGAACGGCGUAGCGGUUCCGCGCCGCGUGGAGGAGACGCUGCGACGCGACGAGGAGCUCGGCCGCACCGCCGUGCUCGCCGCCAUCAACGACCAGCUGGUGUGCACGAUCGGUAUAGCGGACGAGGUGAAGCCCGAAGCCCACCUCGCCGUGUACUGCCUCAAGAAGAUGGGGCUGGAGGUGUGCCUGCUGACCGGCGACAACAGGAAGACUGCCGUCGCUAUCGCCAGACAAGUUGGCAUAUCGAAGGUGUACGCGGAGGUGCUGCCGUCGCACAAGGUGGCCAAGAUACAGAAACUGCAGGAGCAGGGGCAGAAGGUCGCCAUGGUGGGUGACGGCGUGAACGACUCUCCGGCGCUGGCGCAGGCAGACGUGGGCAUCGCCAUCGCCAGCGGCACCGACGUCGCCGUAGAGGCCGCAGACCUCGUGCUCAUGAGGAACGACCUAGUGGACGUGGUGGCGUGCCUGCGGCUGUCCCGCGCGACGGUGCGCCGCAUCCGACUGAACUUCGUGUUCGCGUCCGUCUACAACCUGCUCGGCAUACCGCUCGCCAGCGGCGCGCUCGCCGCGUACGGGAUACAACUGCAGCCAUGGAUGGCGUCUGCGGCGAUGGCCAUGAGUUCGGUGUCCGUCGUGUGCUCUAGUUUAUUACUCAAAACUUUCAAGAAGGACUCAAUAGAGAAACUGCGGACGCCGGAGUACCUGCAGUCCGUACAUUUGGAGGACUUGGACUCCGUGUCGGUGCACCGCGGCCUCGACGAGAAGAUAGAGCACGACAGAAACUCCUCGCCGCUGGCCAAAUUGUUCACCCGCGGCAAGUCCAUGGAGGGUCACCUGCUGGAGGACGACGAGCUGAUGUCUGUGUCGUUCAUACCCAAGCGGCCGACGAGGGACAACCCGCUCAUUAACGGGUGAAUGUACGAACGAAGACUGGAAUGGGAUGAUGAAAUCAACUCAACGUCAAGGGGUGAAAUGUCGGUGGGGUGACGACGAGUUGUGGCGACGCGAUGCAAAAAAUGUGAUAUACCAGUGGUACCCAACCUUUUUUCAAAUAGGCUACAUACACGUUUUGCUCUAGGUGUCGCGGGCCGCAAUCAAAAAAUUUUAGGGUUAAUAAUAACGUUCUUC